ACUUCCCACCACAAGCCACAAUUCUGGGAGGGCACGGUUUUUGGAAUUGAGGCUCCCGGCUUUUAUAUCGGCGUUCUCUCCGUUACCCCUGCCUUGCUUUCAACGGAUCACCCCGAAGUCUGACCUGGGUUCACAAACUCCUAGUACGGUACUAUAUUCCGGGAACGACGUACGCGAUAAGAAGGCAGUUCUUCGUGCAGUUCAGCCCCACCCCGCGCGCCUCCACACAAAACUUCAGCUGUUGAACUCCAUGGGAGUGGAUCGCCUCGCUAGAAUUGGUCGGAUUGCUCACUUUCCUAGGAGUAAAGGGAAUAGCGGUGGAGAAACGCCGGUCGGCUUUUGGCAGCCGGCAGCCACACCCUGCCGGCUGGCGGCUGUCCAACCGGGCUGGCUACACCUGGCGCGGAAGGAGGCCGGCGAGCCGUGGGCAUUUAAGACGCGCUCGGCUGCAGCGCGCUGUUUCCGAGCGCUCAGGUCGUCGGUGCACGAUGCUCCUCGCUCGCUGCCUGGGGACGGCGCUGCUGCUUUUGCUGGUCCCGACGACGGGAUGCGUGACGGCCGUGGCUGCUUCUGCUGCUGCGUCGGAGCCCGACGGCGACAUCGGGGCCGCUUGCCCUUCUUCUUCUCCGGCCGGCUGCGAUUCCCCCGAGAGCGACCGUAAAGCUACUUGCGACGAUGAGAAAGCCUGUGGAGUCCGGGAGGAAGGCGAGUCCUGCGGCGUCUAUACGCCCAGCUGCGCCGGCGGGCUGCGCUGCGUCCCUCGGCCAGGCGAGCGCGCUCCUUUGCAAGCCCUGCUGCGCGGGAAGGGUAUCUGUUUGGCCCCGCAACCCAAGAGGGGAGGCAGCAAGAAUCAGACCGAGAUGGAGCCCGUUGCAGGUGAUGGCAGAAGGGAAAAUUAUCAGACAGAUCAUCCAACCCAAGAACCUCUCCUCCUUCAGAUCCAAGACCCUUUGCCAGAUGUCGUGGUGGACAAAUCCCAGCUACAACAAGACCCCCUAAAUCAUGGUAUUAAACAGGAAUUUGAUAUGGGUCCCUGUCGCAUGCAUUUGGCAGCCAUCUUGCAGGAGCUGAAGGCUCCCCUCUACAUGAACGGCGAAGAUAUCUUCAUUCCCAACUGUGACACCAAAGGCUUUUACAGGCGAAAGCAGUGCCGGACCUCCAAAGGGCAGAAGAGGGGCCGAUGCUGGUGUGUGGAUAAGAGAGGCCAUCGGUUGGAGGGGCUGGAAGAGAGCCCCCUCUGCCUGCUUGCGAACAAUGACUGAGGAUGCAGAAAGAGCCGCGGCCACUGUGGUCCAGCAGCAGAAUUCUUGACUGAGGGGACUUGUCUUAUUAGAACAGUCAUGGAAAAUUUUUUGCUUGUAAUUUAUUGCACAGUUGUUGCCUUAUUGGGAUCCUGCCUUCCCUGGGAUAACUUUGGAGCUCUUACAGUGUCUGAUAAUACUCUACAAAAGACUGGCCUGGCUGCUCAGAGAAACAGCAGACUGGGGUCUUCUAACUGCAUGACCAAAGAGGGGUGUUGAAUAAGCUACCAGUAGUUGCAUUACAGCAAUAAUGCUGGCACUUGAACCAAUUCUCUUAUACCAGUAAAUAUGCUUAUACCAGUAAAGGAACAAGAAUAGCCAGUUCCUGGAGGUGCAGUAUGUAUACUUGGGCUACCUUUUAUAAAAUGUGUAGGGAGACCAGGGAUUUAUCUUAUACAUGCUACCGAGGUAGAUGUGUUUUGUGGAAAGGGUUUUAACAGCACAACUGCAGUACUCACUAAGGGCAAUGUAGAAGGAAGUAAAAUUAAAUGUGGCCAAGUUUUUAAAGGUCAACAUCUACAAUGUAAGCAAGAAAGUGAAAGUGGUGCAGAUACUGGAAAUGAGAUGUAUGGAAGUUUUAACUGUACCUUUAAUGUUUUUCGCAUUCUCCCUUCUGUUCUGUUUCAUGGCUCUCCCCAGCAUAUUCUGUAAAAGAGUUAUCUGGAUGACAGGAAAACCUGAAGCUGCCUUCCAUGCAGAAAAGCAGUGGAUGAUGGAUUUGUCCCUAUUUGCCAUAACGUGCUUUAAUUUAAUGUGUUUAAACAGAUAGGUCUCUAUUUCUAUAUGUUUUACUAUACAUUUGGUCUCAAUAAAUCUGAUGAUUAUGCCAUUUUAA